AUGGCAGACCAUACUUACGAGAUCGACCCCGAUGGAGACGUCGUUCUGACUCUACGAAACCCGAAUGCGCCAUUUGCUGUCUGCCCAGUAGAACCGGAAGUGGAACGCGCGCUUGAUGCACCACUGCCGAAUAUUGAGCACAGUGGAGAUUCUCCAGUGCCAGAGCCACCAGCCGAAGCCACCCCUGAGCCAAAAGUUCAUAUUCGGCUUUCUUCAAGACAUUUGAUCCUUGCGUCUCCAGUAUUCAAGAAGAUGCUCCAAGGGGGCUGGCAAGAAAGUGUGCCGGACGUGCGUCGUGAAUAUAUAUUAGGCGCAACAGAUUGGGACAUCGAAGCUCUCGUCGUUCUCAUGCACGUCAUCCACGGUCGAACUAGAGCCGUCCCUCGCCAUAUUGCUGUCCUGGUGGACUACUACGAGUGUCACGAGGCAGUCGAUAUAGUGGCUUCCCUGUGGACGGAACCGGAUCUUAUCCUCUGGCUCCUCGUCGCGUGGGUAUUUCAGCUACUUGAGCCUUUCAACACCAUCACGACAACGCUCAUCAUGACCAUGACUGGCCCAGUUUCUGCCCUGGGUCUUCCUAUUCCGGAAGCGAUCACUGCGGAGCUUGACAAGAAUAGAAGCACUCGACUCCGUGCCACGCUCUAUAAUAUGCAGCAGCUUCUCCAUGACCUUCGUGGAGGUCAGGUAGGAUGCUCAUUCGAAUGCUCUUCGGUCCUUCUAGGGUCGUUGACGAUAGAGCUUGCAAGACUUCAACUGCUCGACAGAGAGCUUGACGUACCAUUCCAAGAUCUGAGUGUUGAGUCGACGUUGACAGCCCUGCAGGAGAUACGACCAGGAACACUGCCACCUCUUCUCCCGCAACAAGCACAAUGACAACCCCAUUUCACGCAGCAUCUCUCCCAUGAGCUCAUGCCCCUCCGAAGGCUCUGCCCACCUUCCAGACUUCCGUACUCUGUCGAUCAUACUCGACUGGCCCCUUGGCGUCCCGAGCAAGGCCAUGAGCGUUCAAGCCUUGCGCAAGGACCCAGCGCGCACAGUUCCGCAUCAAGCUGGUCCAACACAAUGGCGUGGUCACCGAGCUGACACACGUCGCCGGCUUAGCGCGCGCCACUUUCAAAGUGAUCAGCACC